AGGUAAACCUUCAGAAAAUAUCCAUAGUGUGAAAGAAUUUAAAUAUGACAUAAAUUUAUACCGUACAAAAUGCAAGGAACGGAAAUCAACCAAAUAGAAGUAAAGGUUACUGCUGAAGACAAUGAAGAACCACUUAAACUGUACAGAUUAGCGGACAAGAAAGCUAAAUAUGCCAAUUAUACACUAAAAGUCUAUGAUACUGGUGAUACUGAUGAUGAGAAACAGAAGAAGGACGAGGAGGCUCAAAAGACAAAAAAUACGAAGGUAAUAUGGAGUGAGUUGACUGCGACAAAAGGAGACAAAACCAUAGAAUGUAAAAGCACAGAAGACAAGGAAAAAUUCCCCGGUCUUGUCCUAGCAGUAGUUGGAGAUUGUGAUAGUUAUGUACCUAGGCCAUGGAAUACUACAGCUUUCACAACUGGGCUGUUGAACACUGUACAUGGAGUGAACAAAAGCUGGAUAAUUUAUCGAGGAAAGAAUAGUGGAGUUAGUUCUUACAUAAAUAAAGCUUUUAAGAAAGAACCUAGUUACAAGAGGAACGAGCAGAAUGACACCACUGCGUUUAAUGAAACUGAUUCAACAAUUCUCAUAGCAGUGCAACCAAAGAAAAAUGAUGAAGUUAAGAAACUGUUGGAUGCAAAAAAACUUAAUCCACAUAAGGUAUUUCAACUUAACAUGAAACCUGAGAUAGAGUUAAUUAAAGAGAAAGAAGAGUACAAGUGGUUUAACACGUACAUUGCUACACUUUUAGCAGACAUUUCAGAAAGAUGGACUCCUCUGCUAGAUGUGAUAUUUGUAGAUGAGGAAAAAAAUAAUAGUCAAGCUUUAGAAAUGAAAGUUCCAGUAUUGCUAGUGGUAGUGGAAGGUGAUAUGCGUACUGUCCAUCAAGUUAAGGCCACCGUUAAGAAGAAUAUACCAGUCCUGUUGAUCAAAGGUUCUGGUAAUGCAGCAGAUUUAAUAUCGAAUUAUUUAGAUGAACCACUUCAGAGUGAACGAUAUCGUCUGAUAAAAAAGAAGGCGCCUUUGCUAUUUGGAACUUAUUUUUUGAAUAACCGCUUCUUGAAAUUGAUAAAGACGAUGGAAACCAUUGCAAAAUUUGAUCAUCUGAUCACGGUAUAUGAUGUAAACAACGACAAGGGCUUAAAGAUGGAAGAAGCGGUAGUCGAAGCCAUAAUCAAGGGAUGGUCAUUACGGGACUUAAACAAGAAAAAUGGUAAAGUACCGAUUCACGUUGGAGAAUACGAGAAAGAACCCAAAUUCGAUGAGCUGUCCUGUGAUUUUCCAGUAGCGAAACCUGACAUGUACCAACUGCCAGAGGAACAACAACCAGAUAAUAAGCAGCAGCAUGAAGAACAUCGUACACCGAAUACUGUCACAUUAAACAUAGUCAAUGACGAGAAAUUAAAUAUUCAAAGUUUGAUGAAAAGCUAUCAAUUGUCACUUUCGCCUGGAUCCCUGUCUUUGUACUUUUACAUCGCAUAUCAGUUCAUACAGGAAAAGAACUACGAGAACAAGGAGAAGGAUUUGCAGUUACUCUUAUUGGAAGCUAUUAUAGCAGAUCGUGUGGAUUACGUGUCAGCAAUGCUACAGAAUGGAGUCGAAUUCAAUUAUAAUCACUUUGAAACAUUAUAUAAUGAGACAUUAAAAUGUGAAAACUGCCGAGCAAAGGACUGUCGCAAAAUUCACUCCAUACACCACAGAAUAAGUGCUGGCGUUUGUGAACAAAUCUGGUGUACAUGCAAAGAAAAAAAGAAAGGUAAUACAGGCAACGGAUCUACAAAUUGCAAAAGACAUGGCACGAGAGAACGAACAAUCUGCGACAGCGGACGGCUUAUGUGUCAACAGUUACUCAAUUAUGCCACAAUAACAAGUGAAAGCAGGCCUUACAAAGUACAUCCAACGACAGGUGACGAUGAAGGUUACUUUCAUGAUCUGUUAGCAUGGGCUUUGUUCACUAACAGAGUAGAGAUAGCAGGAGUAUUUUGGUCAAAAUGCAAAAAUCAAUUACUUACAGCAGUUAUGGCUAGUAGUAUGCUGAAAAUAUGGCAAAUAAUGCAACAUCAGCGAAGGACAGACAGCUUUACCAAGAACUUCUAAGCCAUUCAAGGUUGUUUGAAGAGAGAGUGGUUCAUAUGCAGAGCUCAUUGUAUGAGGAAAGUGAAUAUGAUGCUAUGUCGCUUAUGGAAAAACAAGAUGAAGUUUGGGGAAUCCCUGUUUCUCCAAUGAUAUGUGCACAUGAACACAAUAUGAUAGAUG